AUGACGGAAGCAACCUUGUGGUGGUGUCCAACAACCCGUCUGACGUGGUUGCUGCGGAUAGCGACGGUGCCGUUCUGCCGUCUGAGGGUGAGAGGCUCAACAUUCUCUUCUGAGGAGAUUUUUGGAGAGGUCCCGCUUGAUCUUGACCGAGAAUAAGUGUUGUUCAAAAAACCCAAUUUAAUCAAUUCUAACAGUAGUAAAAGCAGGAAACCUUCACACUGCAGUUAUCAAUAAAAAGCAGACAGCAGGCUUGCCUCUUUUUUCA